AUGACGUACUCUGUUGCUGGCAGAAAAAUUUCCUUAGAGCUAGCGAAGUUCGAAAGAAAAACCAUCACUCGCCAGGAGGAGACUGAUAUGGCAGGGGAAUUAAUCCUGUGCGUGUUUUAUACAUUGCUUGCAAUCCUCAUUACCAGUGUCAACGUUCUUAUCAUCGUAAUAUUUUUUAGAGAGAAACUUCGUCGAAAGCGAAGUAAUUAUCUUCUAAUCAGUCUGGCCGUGGCUGAUCUUCUGGUGGGAGUACUAGUUCUUCCCCUUUUCAUUACAGUCACUUUGACUCGACCGUCGCCGCAAGUCGCAUCGCUAAGUUAUCUUUUGGACAUCAUAACUGGUUUGGCAUCAAUCUUUACUCUCGGCGUGAUUUCGUUGGAGAGAAUGUACGCCGUUUGCUGGCCUUUCCUUCACCAAAAGCUCAGCCAGUGUUCUUACGUUUUUGCCUCGUGUAUGCCAUGGGCCUUGGUUGUUUCUGGGCCUGUGAUAGGGAGACUUAUCGCAGAUCAUUACUUAAGUGACGUCCUCAUUAUCACCUCACUCCUACUGCCACUUACAAUUAUUUGCUCUUCAUACGUUGCCAUUUGGAGAAAGCUCGGUAAUUCUGUGCAGCGUAAUCAUCGCCCUGCACUACAACUUGCUCAAGAAAAGAAGUUGGCGAAAACUCUCUUAAUGAUAAUCGGUGUAUUUGUCGUAACAUGGCUGCCCUUUGAGGUCAUAAACAUCUAUAUCAUAGCAUGUAGACGAACUUCCUGCAAUCAACCCCACGUAAAUCCUGUAAUAAUUCCAAUACUGUACGUGACAGUAUUUUUACGAAUAAGCAACUCCUUCAUGAACUUUAUAGUGUAUUCACUGAGAAUGCCUGACUUCAAACAGCAACUCUGCAAAACGCUACAACCUUGCAGUAAUUUCUGCAUAAGUCGACAAGACACUUCACCUGAAGAAUGAUUCAGUUUCUAAUUUAGGAGAACACCAAAAGAGAAUGAGAGCAGGGUUCUGCUGCCUGCAGUAUAAGAAGAGCAAAAGACAGUCUUAACGAGCGCGAAAGAGAAGUUGCUCAGGUCGACACCUUAACUUUCAAAACAGGCGAACUCUUCUAAAAACUCUCCAGUCGGUGAAACGCAACCUUUUGCACAUUUCCCUUUGAUGAAUCAGGGGCACCCAACGACGGUUUCCUCCUAAAGACAUUGAAACACUUUGUAGGCUUUCUAAGCGGCGCUAAACUGAAAAUUUGUAUCUGUUCGGUCAUCCUAGGGGAACUAGAGUCAUCGAAAUUACAAAGGCUUGAGUAUUAUUUUCCCGAAAAUUUUAGAUGCAAUUUGACGUAUUACGAAAGUGAGACGAUUCCUCUCUCCAUGGCAUUUUUGAAUCCGAAAGUCUUAGGUUUCCUUUUUUACUUCAGAAAAUCGUAGGGAAUUUAUUAGAUAAGCUUCGAAAAUUGUACAUGAAUGGAAAAGUCAUCUAGACCUUUUAAGCCAUCUUCAAGUAAUCGGAAAAUUCUAGGCAAUAUUUGCUUCUCCGAACCGAUAAUUUACAGAAAACACUCGUUGCGUGCCCGGCCCCGACGAAUGCAUAUAUUUGUUAUUUUAUUUGAUAAUUAGGUUAGUUUGACUUAUUUGCUCAGAGUUUUCAAACAUUCAUUAUUGUUUAGUCCUACUGGCGUUAAUAUAAUUAUAAAUUAGGCUUCUCUCAGUGGUAGUGGGAGAGGAUCAUAUAGUCAAACCGGCCGUAUAUCGGCCAUGCGGUUACCCUGCAUAUUACGGUCACAGGACUGAACUUUCCGAAAAUUUUGCCUUCUCAGUAUUCUGUUAGCUUGACCUUUUCACAACGGUCACCAGUGAAUAAAACGGACGCGGUCUCCGACCCUUUUAAAAGACUUUCCGCCGAAUGCAUGAUUUUUUAUUAUUUUUUACCUGUAUAUAAAGGUCAACGAAUUGGAUUGCCAUUAAUCCAUUAGCGAAUCAUAACCAAAGCUUAUAUUCAACAGCUCACAACAUUGUAGCUACCAGUGAGGAGUCUCUCUUCCCCAAAUACAAAUAUCAUACUUAACUACACGACUACAAACAAGCGAGGAACUUCUCCAAAGCAAGCUAGGAGAUUGGAAAUCAGCCAAUAGCGAAACAAGAUUUAUGAAUUAUUGCUCCGUCUACAUAUGGGUUCUGAAUGCCUCCUGUCCUUUUUUUCCCUUUUGGAGUAAAAACAGGACCCGUAGUGACUAUGUAAGCAAAACGUGAUUGUCUGCAAAUUUUCACUAACUAGCAGGUUCUCUUAUUGCCCUUUCGGAUCAUUCCUUCUUUCGCAAAUUGAAAUCAAGCCAAUUGUAUCACAUCAUUCACAUUUCGUCGGGAUAUGAUUUCAAGCCUGAGGGAGAAUCAUGCGGAGGCGUUCCAUAAAGCCCGAAAAUUGAAAAAUUAAAAGGAAGACAACAGUAAAAACAAAACAAAAGCCAGUUCGAAACUGAAAACAGAAACACCCUGAACACAGAAGAGAGUAAAUAAACAAUGUAAAUAAGAAAACAGCCACGCUCGGUCUUCGCCGUCUCCGGAGUUCGGUCACUGAUUCUCCCCAAGGGAAUGCCUUAAUCAGUCUUAUUCGAGUAACUAUGGUAACAAAAUGAAGUAGACAGCCGUGACACAGCCACUUUAAUAGGGAGCUUAAGCAACGACGACGGCGACGGCAACGAGAACGGCAAAAAAGCAAUAGAGUGUUUCACUCACGUGGCCAGCAUCUAUGAAAAUUUAUUGGAACAAAAGAAAGCGUUUGCAUAAGAAAAGAGUUCAACCCCCAGAGGAUUGGUUUGGGACACCAACAUGGCCGCCGUUUAACACUAAUAUGGCCACCGUGACGUCAUGUGAAAACACUCUAUAGGUUUAGAUUAGCAAAACAACAACUUUUUGUACAAUUCUUAGCAGUCGCUGCACGACCACAACGUGAAAGUGCCUCAUUUCACGUUUCGUCGAGGGCGGGAACACAAAUCAACAACCUUCUUUUCUUUUCCUGAACUUUGAUACAGUCUUUUAGAAUUCAACUCCAGCAAAAAAUUACCAACAUUUGAUGACUGAACGGGAUGGAAGAAACGCGAUAAAGUCUGAAACAGCGCGACUUCACUUUUUAAGUGACUUCUUCGAAGCCGUCGCCGUCGAAGUGUUACUUAAGUUAUUGUUGGCGUUAGCAUGACGUUUAAGGUCAUGCCAAAUGUUAUCACGCUUAAGAGUUUAUUACACAUUUAAGGCCAAAUGUUAUUACAUUUAGGACUUUAUUACACUUUUUUAGGGUAACAUUUUAUUACAUUUCGGACUUUAUUACAUUUGGGGUCGUUUAUUACAUUAAGGCCUUCUACAUUUAGGACGCCUGGAAAUUCAACUAAACUACUGUGGUAAUUUAACAUUCAAUUUGUUUAAGCCUUCCACCGGAUGGGAUGGGAGUUCCGAUGACAAAUCGAUAAGUGAGUGUCCCUGGUGAGCGGAAGAACUUACACAUGACCGACUGACCGAUAUAAACACUAAUCAAGGAGACCCGACUACACACAAUUUUUACAAACUAUUUUUAUUCAAUAUGAUUCAAAGCUCUUUACAAAUGCAUUAGUGGUAAGUUUGUGAUCAAAAUGAUACGGGGGUUACUCCAGAGGCGCGUCAGUGACUCUCACAACCAAAUAAGUACUUUGUUAUAUACUUUAUAUCUGUGUGAUUUACUCGUUCACUUCACAAUUCUUCAACUUCCUUAGCAACGUCCUUCCUCAAAUUAACCUUCUUCUUGGUAGUUCUCUUGCUUACUCUUUUUCUAUAACUGCUUAGUCCUUCUUCUAAAAGAUAAGUAUUUUCCGAGGGACAUCAAGUCAGGAGACAUGAUGUCCCAUUCUCAAAAACCUUAUUUACUCAAGAACACACGAAAUGGGAAAGUCUUAACUUAGUUACAGUCCUAAAGUCAUGGAAUGCAGAAAGAGUGAUUUAAAGGUACAUGGGGGUGUAGAUGGGAGUUACCCUUGGUUAGUAACCAACUAAAGAACGACGCACAUGUUCUGAUUCCGUGCGUGAUGCAGGGAAGCACACUUUUUAAUAUUUAUUCUUCUAAAUAAAGAGUUCAUUAGCAAAUGUGUUUUAUAUCUUAUUUCAUACUUAUAAUGAACAGUUAAAAUGUUCCAGAACCUAAAAAGCUUCCUACAACGAUAUAUGUCAAUAUUCAUUUCAACUUGAUCAGAUAACACCAGGAGCCGAAAUCGGCUCCAGCUGGUGGCCACUAGGUUUUCUUUUCGCCUGGCGCCGGGCGCAGCCCGGAUCCAGGCCAGUCCGGUGUCCAAAAAAGUAGGGGGCUUGACGUCUUGGUCGGUACCGGCUGGAUAGCCCAGGGACUGCCCUAACAGUGGGUGAGUGGAUCGGGCCUUGGGUUCAAAAGUAGUGGGGUAGGGAGGGGGCUGUUUUGACACAACCCCUUCAGUAAGCAGCAGUGUUCAGUGGAGGCUUUGACUAGCGUAUACCUUGGUCUUAAUUUGCCCUAGCCAGCUGAAUCAGGCCUCUGCUGAGAAUGAUUAUCAUGAUAAUUGCAGAGCACAGUGGGAGGUGCAGACAGUCACUCAUUGUCCUGGGUGGGGAGGGUCAAAGUUUUGGUACCAAGGACACCCUUAGCAUAGGACCUUUAGCCACUCACUGAAGCCAUGUUUUCAUAAAUCCAGACAGAUAUAUAUUCCGAAAAGACGCUUGGGCUUUUCCUUUUAACAGUGUUCCGGUUUUCUGGCGUAUUCCGCGUUAUCGAAAUAUGUGAUCCGAUGAUCUUGUGGUUCGUAUUUUCAUUUAUCUCGUUUUUUUGUUAAAUGACAUUCAGUUGAGUGGAAUUAAGAUAGAUAUAAAUACACGCCAAUAGACUUUGCGAAUCAAAUCUAAAUUCACGCAAUCAGGAAGUCGAAUAUCAUUUACAUGAAUUUGCAUUUGCUUUCGCCAAAAUACGAUUCUGGAAGCCAUCGUUAGGCGUUAAAACCUCAAGACACAACUCGCUUGCCUUUCAAGUCAUAUACAGCAGAGAUGGAAGGAAUAGUAGUUCUGUGUUUCUUUUACGCUUUACUUGCGGUGCUAGUAACUGCUGUUAGCAUUCUUACAAUCGCAGUAUUUUCAAGGAAGAAACUUCGUCGAAGGUCAACUAGCUUUCUCCUCAUCGGCUUAACCGUGGCGGAUCUGUUAAUAGGAACGCUAGUUCUCCCUCUUUUCAUAACAAUCACCUUGACUCACCAGUCGCCUGAAGUGAGACUUGCCAGCUAUUACUUGGACAUCAUAACUGGGUUGGCAUCGAUCUUUACUAUCGCCGUGAUUUCCUUGGAGAGAAUGUGUGCCGUCUGUUUUCCUUUCCGCCACCAAAUGCUCAGCCGUUGCACCUACAUCGUUGCCGUCUGCGUACCAUGGAUUCUAGCGAUUAGUGGUUUAAUUAUGGUCAAGGUUCUUGUCAAGGAUCACCGCUUUACUAGCGUCUUUUUCAUAUCGUCACUCGUUUUGCCACUUGUAAUAAUCUUCACCUCGUAUUCUGUCAUUUGGGUAACGCGACACCGGUCUUCUCUACAAGAAGAACAGGAGCGAAAACUGGCAAAAACUUUGUUGAUUAUAAUUGGCGCUUUCGUUGUAACAUGGCUGCCAUUUCAGGUCAUAAACACUUACAUAAUCGCCUGUAGAUAUUCGGAUUCUUGCGAAUAUCCUCCAGUGGUAAUCAUAUACAUUGCAGUGUUCUUACGACUAAGCAACUCAUUUUUGAACUUUAUGGUAUAUUCACUGAGAAUGCCCGACUUCAGAGAACAGCUUCGGAAACUUUGCCCGACUAUGCAGGGAAAGAAUUUACUAAGACGCGCGUCUGAAAAUGAAAAUAGGGAGUCUGACGGGCAGGAGGGCGGAAGGAAG